CCCUCCUCCCUCCCUCUCUAUCUCUAUCUCUCCCUCUGAUCCUCCUCUUAUGUUAUAUCUCCUCCAUUUUGAACAACCCCAGUCACAGCUCACCAUCUUUUGUUCUCUCUGUUCUUAGGAAUAUAAUUCAGUAAGUCUGUAUUUAUACACCUGUAAUGCCCCCUGUUUCUUGAUCUUCAUGGGGAGCAUUUGAGUCCCUUGGCUUAUCUUCAGUUGAAUUCUGAGAGGGGAAAUAUCAUCUUUUGUUGUUGCUGGGUCUUAAUCUGUUUUUUCUCUAGAAAAAUGGAAGAGACCAACGAGUGGGAACAGCUUAGUCUGAUCAGUGAGCUAAUCCAAGGGAAGGAGUCUGCAGAGCAGCUCUGUACCCGUCUUUCUUCUUCCUCAUCUCUUGAAGAGAAGGAGCUCUUGGUAGAAAAAAUUCUUUCAUCCUAUGAGAAAGCUCUCUCCAUGCUUAAUUGGGGAGUUAAUGUGGGAGAGACUUGCGUCAUCAAUGGCAACAUGAUGAUGGACUCUCUCUGUUCGUUGAUUGGUGGCAGCCCCAGAAGCGAGGUCUUGGACCAAGAUUUUAACCACAAGGAUUCCUCCAAGAAAAGAAAGUCCAUGCCUAGAUGGACAAAGCAAGUGAAGGCUUGCUCAGGAACAGGACUUGAAGGGUCUCUGGAUGACGGUUAUAGCUGGAGAAAGUAUGGGCAGAAGGAUAUUCUGGGAUCCAAGUUUCCAAGAGGAUAUUACAGAUGUACCCACCGAAAUGUACAAGGUUGUCUGGCUACAAAACAAGUUCAAAGAUCUGAUGAUGACUCAACAAUUCUUGAGAUAACCUACAGAGGAAGACACACAUGCACUCAGGCUUCUCAUGUGAAGAAGACAUUGCCAUUAAAAAGAAAGAUGGGUCUGAUGGAAAAUCCAAAGCAGAACCAUCGAGAUGAACAGAAACCAGUGGGACUAAACCCAGAAGCGUUUCUAAAUGUUGGAGCAGAGUUUGAGGUUAAAACAGAGGAACUGGACACAAAGGAGGACAUUUUCCCACCCUUUUGCUUCCCUUCUGCGUCAAUGGGGUCUGAGGAUGAAGACAGUCUAUUAUUCUCCGAGCCCUUGAUGCAAAACCACUUCCUGGAAAGCCUGCCUUCUCCCAAGUUAAUCUCACCAGCAACCUCGGAAUCGAACAUUUUCUGUCUGAAUGUGCAGACUUCAGAGUCUGAUAUCACUGACAUAGUUUCAGCUCCAACUUCAGUCACCAAUUCCCCAAUAGAUGAUCUGGAUCUCUUAGAUUUUGACUCCAACUUCCCUUUCAACGUAUCAGAACUAUUUUCCUGAUAAAUUUCACCAUAAUAGCUCCAUAAUCUCUGUACCAUUGGCUGCUAAGUUGUAGAAGUACGUAAGGCAUCGCAAAAAUCAUGAGCGAAACUUACCUGGGUUGCUAGUUUAGACAGUUUCCUUGUACGAAAGUUGUAAUGAUGAGGUCGUCUGUAGUUUUUGUAUACUUCUGUAGUUUUUUCUCACUUUAGUUCGAAGCUAUUCAUAUUUCUAAUUUUGCCUUCAGUAGGCCUAAGAUUAUGAAAUAAAUGAAAGGAGUUCUCACUCCUGUUAUUGCUUAA